AUGUUGAAGGAAUUGAGUGCAAAGGAUCCAAGCAUAACAAGGAAGGCGCAUGAAGAAAGACUUACUCGAUGUAGCCGGGGUUGCAGGGGCAUUCGUGGCGUCGCGAACAACGGGCGCCUGGGGUUGCGGUGGUGCAGAGGAAGUGGGAGGCGCCUCGGGAGAAGGGGGAGAAGAUCCGCGAUUAGGGGCAGACGCCUCGGUAGAAGGCGCAUUCGUGCUGAUGGGGAUUUGACGGGAGGAAGCCAUAGCGAGGCGAGGCGUGUGGGGAAGGAAAAGUUGCGAGCGAAGGAGAAGAGGGAAAACUAG